AUGUGGGAUUUCACGGAGCCCGGAGAACACGCCAGCCAGGCCUUUAGCUUUACAAGCCGGCCGGCUCGCACUCCACGGCGGCGUUUACGCUUCCUCGGCAGGGGCGCAUUCACGCACCGGAGACACUCGGGCAAAUCCGCCAGGGGGGGGGUAGGGAACCCUGGGUGGGGGGGGGGGGUGGGGGGGGGGGGGAAUAGGGGGGUUGGGGGGGGGGGGGUUGGCGGGGGGGGGAACGGGACUGGGGGUCGGGCGGGGGGGGGGGUGGUUCUACGGGUGGUGGGGGGGGAGUGGGUGUGUGUAUUUGUGUUGGGGGGGGGGGGGGGCGGCAAGCGGACCCUAGGGCGUUUCCCGGGUCCGGGAGCGACCCCCCGGAAGGGGGGGGGGCGGUCCCCCCCCCCACACAACCUGGUUCACUUCAGCUUGGGGGGGGGGGGGGGGGUGGGGUGUGGGGCGUCCAGUAGGCGGGCGACCCAAGCCGGGAUCUCCUCGUGUGGUGUGGUGUGUGGGGUGUGGGGGGGGGGGGGCUGGGGGGGGACCUCCCCCCGCGGGGUUCGCGCGGGGGGAGGUGCUGGGAGGGGGUCUGUGGGGGGGUGGUGGGGGGACCUCAAGAUGGCCCACACUUCAUUCCCCAAACCACACACCCCCCCCUCACACCACCCCCCACCCCUACCUCAACACACUACACUUGUGUUACCCUCCCCGGGAGGGGGCGAGGGGGUGGCCGGGGGUCGGGGGGGGGGGGGGGGGGGGGGGGGUUCGGGCCGGGGGGUUGGGGGUGUACAUGUCCGGUGGGGGGGGGGGGGGGGGACGGGGGGGGGGGGUCGGGGGGUAAACCCCGUGGGGGGUACCACCGUGGGGGGGGGGGGUAUUACAUGGGGGAUCUGCGUAAGACGCCCGGGGGGUGGGGGGUUGGCGCCGGUUUUGGUGUUUGGGGGGGUGGGGGGGGGGGCCUACCUAUGGGGGGGGGGGGUUUCUUAUCAUCGGUUCAGAGUAUUGGGGUUGUGGUGUGUGUGUGGGGGUUCCCUGCUAGCAAGUGGGGGGGUUAGCUGGGGGGGCGGGUAUGCGCACGGGGGGGGGGGGGUGGUACACGUGGGUGUGGUGGUGUGGGGGCUGGGGAGUCCCUUGGGUCCUCCGCGCCGGGGGGGGGGUCAGCCCGGGGUCGGGGGGGGGUCUUGGGGGGGAGGCUCCGGGGCGGGGGGGAGGGUCCGGGGGGGGAAUUCGGGGAUCAUAACUCAAGCUCUAAGACGUCUGGGGGGGUUGUCCACCGGUGUCGGGGGUCGGGGGGGGGUUCCAGCCUGGACCCAGGGGGUCUCCACCCCGAAAUCCAAAGGGCAAGGGGGGGGGGGGGGGGGGGGGGGGGAAGGUGGGUUGGGGGAAGCCUCGGGGGGGGGGGGACUACCGACCAGUGGGGGGUCGUGGGGUGGGGUCAUGAGACAGCCUGCUCCCGACCAAACGGCGCCCAUUUCUGCUGCAGAAUUGUAA